AUGACUUCUGUUUUCCAUAAACUUGUUUUCCCUGUUCUUGUUUUGUGCUGCUGCUUGUUUUUUUGUGUACCCCAAUGCGCAAAUGCUCAUCCUCUCAAGAUUUGCAAGUUCGAUCAGAUUUAUCAACUCGGCGACUCUAUUUCCGACACCGGAAACUUGAUCCGGGAGGUCCCAAUUGGGGCGGCCACGGCAUUCGCAAGACUACCAUACGGCCAAACGUUCUUCAAGAAUGCUACCGGACGGUGCUCCAAUGGCCUUCUUAUGAUUGAUUAUAUUGAUUUUGAGCAUGGCGUCAACUUUGCCGUGGCAGGUUCCACCGCAUUGCCAUCUCAGGUGUUGGCUGCCCAACACAUAUUUUCUCCGGUGACCACCAGUUCUCUCAACGUCCAAUUGGACUGGAUGUUCACCCAUUUCAGUUCCAUUUGCCUUAACUCUAGAGAUUGUGCUGAGAAACUCCAAAAUGCUCUGUUCAUGGUUGGGGAAAUCGGUGGAAACGACUACAACUAUGCGAUUUUCCAAGGAAAAACAAUGGAGGAGUUGAGAAGCAUGGUGCCCGAUGUUGUUGCUACCAUCGUCGAUGCUGCCAGGAGAGUAAUUGAAGUAGGGGGUAACAGAGUGGUGAUCCCUGGAAACUUCCCCAUCGGUUGCCUCCCGAUUUACAAAACAGCCUUCCAAACCAACAUCUCUGCAGCUUAUGAUAAGAAUCACUGCUUGAAGCAUCUGAAUGACUUCGCCAAAUACCACAAUAAAGAGCUGCAAAACGCCAUCUACACACUCAAACAAGAGAAGCCCAAUGCUGUGAUUGUCUACGGGGAUUACUACAAUGCCUACCAAUUUCUACUCCAAGUUGCAACUUCUCACGGAUUUGAGAGAGAAAAAGCUUGCUGCGGAACAGGAGGAAAGUACAAUUUCAACAUGACGAGAAUGUGUGGAGGUGCAGGUGUUAAAGUAUGCUCAAAUCCAAAACGAUACAUGAGUUGGGACGGAGUGCAUUUGACUCAAGAAGGCUAUAAGAUCAUGGCUGCAUGGCUUGUCAACAACAUCUUCCCGCACCUCCUCUGCCAUUUCUGAAGUAGAGUAAUUCAGCUUUCUGGCUAAACAACGCUGCUAGUUAGGUUUAAUAUGCUCAAAGGGCUAGUCCUGUAUUAGGUUGCAUAAAGCUGAAAGAGGGUAAUUCUUAGGGGGGUAGACUCUGCAACUAUUUAGGUACAAUAAGCUUGAUGUUUCUUUUAUUAAUUUCAGUUUUCAUUUAA